GAGUACAACGCGUCGAACCCGCUCUACCCGACGACGUUCCCCGCGCUGCGGAAGAUGGAGGCCGAGUGCGUCGCCAUGGUGCUCGACAUGGUCCGCGGCGGCGAAAGCGCCUGCGGCCUCCUGACGUCCGGCGGCACGGAGAGCGUCAUGAUCGCGCUGCUGGCCUACCGCGAGCGCGCGCGGCGCGCGGACCCGAGCCGCACCGUCUUCGAGAUCGUCGCCGCGUCGACGGCCCACGCGUGCUGCCACAAGGCCUGCCACUACUUCGGGCUCACGUUGGUCACCGUGCCGCCGGACCCCAAAACGCUCCGCCUGACGCCCGCGGCCGUCGCGGCGAAGCUCACGCGGCACACUGUGGCCAUCUACGCGUCGGCGUGCACGUUCACGCACGGCGUCGUCGACGACGUGCCCGGCCUGGCCGCCCUCGCGCGGGCCCGCGGUCUGGGGCUGCACGUGGACAACUGCUUCGGCGGGUUCCUGCUGAGCCACCUCGGCGACCGCUACGCGGGCCCGGCCUGGGACCUGUCCGUCGACGGCGUCUCGUCGCUGUCCUGCGACGUCCACAAGUUCGGCUGCGCGUCCAAGGGCUGCUCCGUCGUCGCCUUUUCCGACGCGGCGCUGCGGCGCGCGUCGUACUGCCCGCGAUUCGACGGCGCCGAGGGUUUAUACGUGACGCCGACGCUCCAGGGCUCGCGGUCCGGCGGUGUGGUCGCGCAGGCCUGGGCGACGCUCCUCCACGUCGGCCGCGGCGGCUUCGAGGCCAAGGCGCGGGGCCUCGCGGACGCGCGCGACGCCGUCGUCGCGUUCGUGCGCGACCGCGUGCCCGAGCUCCGGCUGUUGGCGGACCACGACGCGACCUGCCCCGCGGUCGUGCCCCUCGGGCUGGCGCCCGGCUCGCCCGUGGCGUCGGUCUACGCCGUCGCGCACCACAUGGCGGCCAGGGGCUGGAACCUGCCCACGGGGCAGAAACCGGCCUGCGUCUCCGUCCUCCUCGCCUACCAGCACGCGGGCCCGCUCCUCGACGCGCUCCUCGCGGACCUCCGGGCCGCCGUCGACGCGGCCGUCGCCGCGCCGGACGCGAAGCUCGACGGCGAACUGGCCGUCUACGGCGCCGCGGACGCCAUCCCCGACGAGCUUCUCGACGAGGCCUGCCGCCUCUACGUCGACGUCCGCAUGGCCGUCCGCGGCGCGGACGUCGGCAAGGCCGCGGCGGGGCCCUAG